UGAUGAAAAACGCGUAAACGAAGCUCGACACACAACAACAACAUCGUUGUGUAAGUGUCCGAGCAAAGCGGAGAGAAAGUCGCUGUGUUCUCUAAUCAGUUCCAGACAUGGCCCUUGUGCGGUUAUGUGCCUCACUCAGCAGACACGCGCCGGCUGUGGAGUCUGUCUUUAAGGUGUCAGGGUGUUCACGGGCUGCCAGCGGAGCGGCGAAGGACAAGGAGCCGCUGAAGAAAUCCAAGACCCCGCAGGGUCUGUUUGACAGCCCCGAGGAGAAGAGCAAAGAUGUUCUGGAAAGUGAGAAUGGCGCAGGCGACUUUUCCUCUGACCAGGGCUGCGAUCCGGCGAUGGGAGAUGAAAAGCAAAAGCUGACUGGAUCAAACGGAGCACAUUGCAAAGCGGGAGACUAAUCAUCUGUGUAGUCAGCGUGUCAGCAUUACAAUAAAACCUCUGCUGUUAGGCAUUCACAGAAUA